AAAUGGGUCACAAUGUAACAAACAUGUAUCAUUUGUUAUUUUUGAGAACUGAUUGUACCUCUAAAUGUUGAAACAUACAUCAAAUGCUGGCGGACCAGCAAAUGGUCAAGUUCGUAAUAAUUCAACGACAAGUACUGCCCGCAAUAUACACUUAAGACCACAACAGCCAUUGAAUAUCUCGACACUGAAUGCCUCCAAUUUGCAGACAUCAUCGGCGACAACGACAAAUGUAUCAACGUUGGCCGUUAAUGGAGGACCGCGUUUAACAACCCUACUUAAUAUUGCAUCACCCUCAGCAACUGUUUGCAAUCAACAACAACAGCAGCAGCAACAAACACAACUUCCACCACCGCCACCACCAUCGUUGUCUUUGCCACUGCCACCAACCGGAAAUGGUAAUACAACAACAAAUACCACAACCACCACUACACCAGUAACGCCAAUUAUAAAUCACCUUACCCCAAAUGGCCUAAAUGGUAUCGGUAAUAAUUUACACACCUACACCAACCAGCAUAUUGCGUUGGCUCAUGCGGCGGCUGUGGCUGGCGCAAAUGCCACAAAUAACGGUCAUUUUGUUAAUAGCACCGUUUUAAAUCCAAAUAAUACCACCAAUCAUACGAACUAUACGAAUUACACAAAUCCCGUCGGUGCCAUAAUCAAUCAAUCGAAACAUGGCCCCGGUCCCAGAGAAGCCUUAACUAGUUUAGGUUUAUUAUGCUUGGUUUCCCUACUAUUGGCAUUGUUGUCUUUAAUAUUUUUACUUAAAAUAUCGCCAAAUGCCCGCGAAGAUGCCUUAACACGCAGUUCUCCAGAGGAUUUCAUUAUAGUUUACGAUGUUACUUUGGCGCUAUGCGCUUUGUCGCUCUCAUUAAAUCUUUGCUGCCUCUUAGUGUGUGCAAUUCAGUUCCUUUUUGCUGUUAAAUUAGUGCGAUCACCCAUGUUUGAUGGACGAGAUAAUCGCUAUUUGGAAAAGUCUAGCACUAGUCGGACUUGUGCCGUUGGUGGUUUCUUUAUAUCCAUACCCAUUUUCUUAACAGGCAUCAUUUUAUACACUUUCAAUCACUUUCAUUCAACGCCUGCCAUAAUUACGAGUGUAUUGAUUGGAAUCGGUAUUAUAUUCUGUGGUGCCGCAAUGGUUCAUAAUGUUUUCGUUUGGCAAAAAGAGAAGACCAUUAGUUAUCGUAGUGCUCCCAUGAAUCACAUGUCGAUGCUGUCACAGAUUGGUCCAAUAACACCUCCAAUUCAGUUUCUCAAUCCCCAUCCAAUUCAUCCGCCUCAUCUCAAUUUCAAUCAAUCGAAUAUUUCCACAGUUCUACAUCCAACAUCCAUAACACCAGUAUCGCCGAAUCACUCGCAUGGAAGUUUUAAUCCUUUGACAGCCUUAAGUUCAUCAUUUAUGAUGCGUCCCUCAACCGCUACGCCGCCAACACCAAAACCCAUCGCAAAUGGCGGUUGUUUAUCAAACCUAGGAGGGGCGGCAGCACGUGAAGCCAGUGGCUCUGUGAGUCCCGGCAUACCACCCACCUUGGAUAUGAGCAAUGUUACCAGCACUUCGUUACACGAACUAUCCACAUUAGUCUAAUGUAAAUUAUACUCUUUCCUGCUUCCUUGUUAUGUAUAUAUUUCAAAUAUUUUUGUAUUUUUCUCUUAGAUUAGGAUAUAAAUGUAUUAAAUUAAAAACGAACAAACAAACGAAAACAAGUAAUAAUUUAAUUUCUUGCCUAAACCAACCAGUGAAUUUGUUUGUUAUUCAAACAUGUAAAGAAAUAUAAUAAUAAAUUUUGUAUAUAAUUAAAUAAUAAACAUAAUUCAUCAUGUGUGUAAAUAAUUAAA